AGCUACAGGGCGCCUUGGUUACCGGCAAAUUGUGACAAUUUAUUUAUAACUCAUUGUGUCUGUUUUUGUACAAAGUAAGCAGUUGUAAACGAUAAUAUUUGCAUAGGUAGGUUGUUAAGUCUACAGACACUAUAUUUAUUAGUUAUUUAAGUCAGAAAUGGAGUUAAACCCAACAGGUAGCCCGGGAAUAAAAAAAUUCAAAGACGCUCCAACGCCGGAAACGCAUGUAAACAAGCAGCAGGCUCCGGAUGCGCACUGUGGGACAGAUGCAGCUCGUGCCAGGUGGACAAUCCUCCGACAGGUAUUGAGACAGAAGCAGCUCGACAGUGUCAAGGUUCAGCCAGUAUCGGUUCGCAGGUUCUCCUCCUUCAACCUGUUCUCCAGGACUGAGGUUUCUUCACUGGAGAGCGAUGGUUCAUCUGAUGGCCUGUGGAUUGAGUACAGAAGUGCCUGCUUUCCCCAAUACAGUGCCUUAAUCAGAGAUAGCCAUGGGCCGAUCAAAAUGGAUGAAGUGCUCAACAGCUUUGACAACACCGGAAAUGUCUGUGUUUGGCCCUCUGAAGAGGUGAUGGCCUACUACUGUCUGAAGAAUCGGCAUAUGUUUACGGGUUCCUCUGUGUGUGAAUUAGGUGGAGGGAUGACAUGUCUUGCUGGGCUCAUGAUUGCCGUUUGUGCUGAUGUGAAGGAAGUGCUGCUAUCUGAUGGGAAUGAGAAGGCCAUCGAGAAUGUGCGUGAAGUUAUCGAGAGGAAUAGACGAGCCGGACGGUUCACCUGCACUGAUGUGUCUAGCAGGGUGGUGAGAUGGGACAGUGAGCGGGACGUGUCCACAAUGGAGGGCCGCUUUGACGUGGUCAUGUGUGCUGAUUGCCUGUUUCUCGACCAGUACAGAGCCUACCUGGUUGAUGCUCUGAGGAGAUUACUGCGGCCUGAAGGUACAGCGUUGGUGUUUGCCCCUACGAGAGGAGAAACACUGACAGAAUUCUGCCGACUAGCAGAAAGAGCAGGACUCCUUGUGUGCCGCUAUGACAACUACGACUCAAUCAUAUGGGACCUGCAUAUAAAGAUGAAAAGAGAGGGAAAGGAAGCAUAUGACGAGAACAUCCACUAUCCUGUGCUGCUCACCCUCACCCACAUACCCAGUCCACGCCUGCUGUGAACCUGGCAGACCUCUGUUGUGCCACCCCCUGGCUCUGCCACUGUGAUACCCAGGGUUUACUCAACCUAGCCUUUUCUCACUCUUAUACCUAUAAUGCUUUUAAAACACACACUAUGUGUCAGAGUGUGUGGGAUUCAGUUGCUGUGUGAACUCAUGCCUGACCUUGUUACUGUGUAAUAUAAAGUGUGUAAAACAGAGGCAAGGCCACACGGUGCACAGCAGUCUUCCUGAGAACUGUGUACGGAAAUAGCUCGACUGUAAGGUUUUUAUAUGGUGCAGUGAAUAUUGCUAUUUUGAACAGGCACCUGAUGGAUGGAUGGAUGGAUGGAUGGAUGGAUGGAUGGAUGGAUGGAUGGGUGCUUAAUGGCAUGGCUUAUUGCAUAAUAGUUGGUUUAAUUAUGCACUUCAUGCAUAGAUCAGUCUAAUGCUACUGUGCAUAAUCACUGUUUUAUUCCAUUCAUCAUUUAGCACUGGACAUGGAAAGAAAAGAAAAGUUUGGCGACCUGGGAAAAUCCUUCACAUGGUGAAAUUAAGGCAUUUUUUUAUACUAUAUAUUGUUCCGAAACCUACAUGCGUUCCUAAAUAUUUAAAAAUUCCAUUCCAGCUACAUUGCGGAUAAACCCGGAAAUUCACUGUGCAAGGAAAUUAGCUUAGCUAAUAAGGUUUUAAACAUCUUUAGACUUGUUUUUACAACAGCAUUUGUGAAACUGGUUCCUUAUGCGACAUGAUGUUUGCAAGGCGGUCUCAUAAGUAAAUAAAAACAUUUCCAUGUAAUUUUUGGUGAAAUAUGAAGACUUUAUUUGAACAUGUAUCUCCAUAGUGCCUUUAUAACACAUUCAUAAAUGUUUCAUAAAGGCUUUUGUCAAUGUGUGUCACAUGAUAUUGGCCGUAUUAUGCAACUUUGUCUUUACAUGGGAAUAUAAUUAUGUGCUCCUAUAAGGAGUAAUAAAGUACUGGUAAAAAUGUGUCAAUUGAAUGUUAUGCUCAGUGCAUUUGCCUUGAAAUAAUUAUGGAGCCAACUUUUUUUUUUUUAUCUGUUAAGCUCAUGUACCAUCCAAAUGAAUGAUUGUAAUGCACUCAAACUAUAAUGUUAAUGAAUAAAUUUAUAUGACACUUAUGAAGCAACGUGUAUCUUCUACAGCUUUCAUGAAUGUGCUGUUAGUAAAAACAAGCUGGUAACUUGCAAGAUAUGAAUGACGACACAGUUUCUUGAUCCAUUACUCAAUGAAAAUUGAUGGUUGGUGUUCUCUCUUCCAUGUAAACAGAAAGUUGUAUAAAACCUCCGAUAUCGUCUUCUGCUCUUUGACCUAAGCCUUAUAUAAAUUCUCCAGAAAUGCUUUAUAAAAUAUUUAUGCUGUGUUUAUGAAUAAGUUCUAGAGGUACUAUUCCGGUGCACUUUAAAUAAAGUAUCACCAAGUAUAUUUAUUGCUGAGGUUGUACACAAAGUGUGUUGUAUGCUGAAAAAUCAAAUUUUGUUCAAAAAACCCUUUAUUGAUUUGUCUUUUUUUUUUGACUGUUUACCAAAAUUCAUCCACAGCGAUAUCCUGUAUAUCUGGAGAACUGAGUAUCACUUGCUUCACUGUGCCUCACUCUCGCUGCUCAUCUUUAAGUAUGACUUUAAAUGAGAAUAUCAUGUGCCAAACCAUUCUGUUUUUCCACAGACCUCACGGAGUUACAUAGCUUACAAGAAAGACCUUUAUCACUGUUCUGGAUUGCUUUGUGUUAUGUUGGAUAUGGGAAACUGUGGGCAGGUGAUAAAUCCUGCUGGAAAAGGAAAUCGGCAUCUCCAUAAAGCCUGACAUUAGCCCAAGUGUAAAUGAAGAAAUGCAGUAUGAAUUACAGGCUCUUCCAUGAUAUGGUCUUGAGAAGACAGCAUUUCAAAUCAGGUAUUCCAGGGAAAGUAUCUGUGUUGAGUAAGGACUUUAAAAAAAAAAAAAAAAGAGUGGUAGUGUGUGUGUGUGUGGGGGGGGGGGUUGUUUGUUGUGGAGUUUUUCCAGUGAUCCGAUUAAUAAACAUUUUGACUGUCAUAUUAUUACCUUGAAUAUAAAUUGUAUACAGGCUGUACAUGAUGCUGUCAAUUAAGGAAUAAAGCAUUUCAGGAUAAAAAGUAUUCUCUUAAAGUAUUUCAUGUUCAGAAUAUUUGUAUUGUAGGCUUUUGCCGUCUUGAAAAACUGAGCUGAGAACUCAUUCACUUGAUGUCAGAGCUGCAACUUUUCCAGUAAUUUGGUCAUCUUGUUUUUCUGGGCUUCGUGUUUCUGCACUGUGACUGCUGAGUCUAAAGUGAUUGUUCUACACUAAUGGAGCAGGUGGUUGUAAUUACU